AUGUAUCCGAGUCCCUUUGAAGAUAUUCCAGAAAUGGCUUUGAUUGGCUCGGUAGGUGUUGGGCCGCUAAAGAAGCCAAAAGUAACCCUGGAGGCUGCAAGGAAUGAUGAAGCCGAGAUCUCCCAUAUUCCCGUGGCCUAUGCGUGCGAGCCAACCUGCUCAGGCCCAACACAAAUCAAGAUCGGACGAAAUCACAUAGAAAUGUCGGCAGUCCUUUAUCUAUCCAUCGAGGAAAUUGUGGCCUAG